AUGUCCGACCAAACACCAGAUCAGAGACUUCCCACCUAUUUCAUUGGUCAUGGAGGUGUCAGUAUUCUCUUCAAACCUGAGCACGAGGCCGUGCGGCUAGGCCUUCGAGAGCUUGGGAAAGAAAUCAAAUCACUCAAGAUAGAUGCAAUUGUCACUACCUGUGGAGAGUUCCAAAGCGAGACCGACGCUAUUCAAGUGAAUCUCAAGGAACCCACCAAGGUAUGGCACGAUUUGGGCCCUUCUUGGCAUAAGACAUUUCCCCACGUUUUCGAAUAUGGUUACGCCCAUAAAUCAUCCCGUGCCCUGGGUGAGAAAGUCUUGAAGCACCUCCAAACAGCAGGGAUUAAAGCAGAGGGAGUCGAGAGAGACCUGGACCAUGGAAUAUGGGUUCCGUUCAAGCUGAUGUUCCCUGAGGGAGAGGAUGAUCUGGAUAUUCCAAUCCUGCAGAUUUCAACAUCUGCUAACGAAGAUCUCAACGCCCAUGUUGAGCUCGGACGAGCUCUUUCAUCGCUUGGCGGCCGUAUUCUUUUGAUCGGUUCCGGUAUGCUUUGCCAUAACCUCCGCGCUACCCGGGAGGGAACAAGUGAUACGACUGUCGCCAAGGCUUUCGAAUCUUACGCUAGAAAUGCCCUGGAUGCACCUACCCCAGCUGAAAGAACUGAAAGAUUCUUGGCUUUGCAAAAGCAAGAAGAUUGGAUCGCUGCUCACCCGACUGCUGAACAUGUUCUCCCGUUGUAUAUGACCCUCGGAGCAGGGUUUGAUAAGGAAGGAUACGAGGUGUGGAAUGAGAACAAGUGUAUCAUUGGACAGUCAUACUACACUUUCCGACUUGGAGGACUUCCAUAG